AUGUCGGCCGCUGCUGAGACAUCGCCCCUGGCGAGGUGCGCACUAGGGCAGAGAGGCUGGUACACGAGCGAAGCGCAGCACGAGAUCUCUGAAGCGUCGAAGGAGAUUAAGGCGGCCCAGCAGCAACUGCGUGGGGCCUCAAAGAACAGCGCCUGCGAGGCGACCCUGAAGGCGAUGCUCAAGGCGGCGCGGAAGAAGCGCAGCAUCGCGAGGUGGAGAGCACUGGAAACGUUCUUCGAGGGCUAUGUACGGCAGCUCGAGAAGAAGAGCCGCGAGGGGGAUCAGGCGGGUUUCUACAGGCACCUGAAGAUGAUCGACGUCGAAGGUAAGAGGUCGUUCACCUCUCAGAACAUCAAGGACGAGGACGGCAAGGUCCUUCGGGACCCCACGU